AUGCUCAAACAGAGCAGCAGAAGUGCGCUCUGUACCAAUGUAGGCCGCCAGGCGGCACCAGAGUUACAUCAACACAACUACACAAUCGCUAUGUGGGAAAAACGCCAUCUAUUCUGGCAGAAACACAGGCAUAAAGGACGCUGGUUGUGCCAUUUGGAGAAGGUCAAAUUAGCAGCUGUUGAUGUCAAGAUGCUGCUCUCUCUGGGGAUGCUCAUGUUGUCUGCCACACAGAUCUAUACCAUCUUCACAGUUCAACUAUUUGCUUUCCUCAACCUGCUGCCUGUGGAGGCUGAUAUCGCAGCUUAUUCCUUUGAUAACAAAACAGAGACCUUAGAAGAUCUGCCUGCACGGUUUGGGUAUCGGCUUCCGAGUGAUGGGCUGAAAGGCUUCUUGAUUGGGGCUCGUCCAGAGAAUGCCUGUGAACCCAUCGAGCCGGCUCCCAGAGACAACCUGACCGGAGCCUUCAUCGUCCUCAUCAAGCGUUUCGACUGUAACUUUGAUGUAAAGGUCUUGAAUGCGCAGAAAGCAGGAUAUAAAGCAGCCAUUGUUCACAAUGUAGACUCGGACGACCUGAUCAGCAUGGGAUCCAAUGAUUUGGAUAUCAUGAAGCAGAUAGACAUCCCAUCUGUUUUUGUGAGUGAAGAAGCGGCCAACUCUCUCAAAGAAGACUACACAUUUGAAAAGGGUGGGCACGUGGUCCUCCUGCCAGACUUCAGCCUGCCCCUGGAGUAUUACCUAAUUCCUUUCCUGAUCAUUGUGGGGAUCUGUCUCAUCCUCAUCGUUGUCUUCAUGAUUACAAAGUUUGUCCAGGAUCGGCGGAGAGCUCGCAGAAGUCGUCUGCGCAAGGAUCAACUAAAGAAACUUCCCAUUCACAAAUUCAAAAAAGGGGACAGCUAUGAUGUUUGUGCCAUCUGUCUGGAUGAGUAUGAAGAGGGAGACAAGCUCAGAGUGCUACCCUGCUCCCAUGCCUACCACAGUAAAUGUGUGGACCCCUGGCUGACCAAAACAAAGAAAACCUGCCCUGUAUGCAAGCAGAAGGUGGUCCCAUCGCAGGACGACUCCGAUUCUGAUUCGGAGGAGGGGGACAGUGGCCCAGAUGAGAACGAGGAUGUGUCUGAGAGCACCCCCCUGCUGCGCUCACUGGCCUCCACCAGCGCACACUCCUUUGGUACCAUAUCAGCCACAUCACGUUCUGAGCAGGACCAGGAGUCUUCAGAGUAUGAGGAUGAAGAGCUGGAUAGUAGUGACAGCGAGCAGGAGGUGACCGUGGAGACUGUGGUGGUGCAGAUGCAGCAGGCCUGUGCUGACAACCACGACAUGCCCAGAGCCUGA